CUCUGCUCAAUCACUUCCGGACUCGGGCAGCGGAGGAAACGCGGCACCGGCGACAAAUUAAGAGCUUGUUGUUGUAUUAAUGCCGGAGAGACGCUGCUGCCGCCGCCGCACACAGAGCUGCCACACACCGGGCUGUGGCUGUCGUCCCCCCCGCAGCUGAGAGCUGGAUCACCCGCUGACACACAGACACAGAGCCGGGAGCCGGGGACCUUCCACCGGGCUGGUCCUUUGGGCGUUUUAUAACAACAGUGUACAUCUCCAAAAGAAAGAAGAAAGUGAAGGGAGCAGAAGAAAAGAAGGACUGACUGCAACAGCAGGAGUUUUCUCACAGCUCAUCCUCGACCUCACUCUCUUCCCACUGCUCUCCCAAGUCAUCGCAGCUUCACCGAGAUGAAACUGAAGGAGGAACUGAACCCCUUGCUGCUGCUCCUCUUCCACCUUAUGGUGUGGAUCUACACCUUCAUCACCUUCCUGCCAUGCUGCCUCGUCAGCUGGGUCUCGGUGCCAGAGGCAGGGUUCUGCGGCUCAGAGGAGGAGCGAGCCAAGAGAGCGAAGGCCCUCUCUGUGCUGGGAUGUCCCGAGGGACCCUACAGGGCGCUGAGUGCCACCAAGACACUGGCGACGUCGCUGCACCCGGGAGUGGACACCCUGGAUAAGAUGUUUGAGUUCGCAGCCACGAGGUUCCCCCACAGAGACUGUCUCGGGGCGAGGGUGGUGAUCAGUGAGGAGGACGAGGAACAGAGCAAUGGGAAGCUGUUCAAGAAGGUGGUUCUUGGUGAGUACACCUGGCGCUCCUACCACGAGGCCCUCACAGCAGCGUCCCAGCUGGGCAGCGGCCUGGCAUCGCUGGGUCAGCGGCCGAAAAGCAACAUCGCCAUCUUCUGCGAGACGCGAGCAGAGUGGCUCAUCGCUGCCGAGGCCUGCUUCAUGUACAACUUCCCAUUGGCCACCCUUUACUCCACACUGGGAGGUCCAGCCAUCGCUCAUGGCUUGAAUGAGACUGAGGUCACACACAUCAUCACCAGCAGGGAGCUCCUGGAAACUCGACUCAAGGAUAUCCUAAUUGAAGUUCCAAGGCUGCAGCAUAUCAUUGUGGUGGAUGACGCACCAACCUCAUGGCCCGGCUAUCCACGUGGCAUCACUGUCCACAACAUGGCUGCCGUUCAGGAGCUGGGGGCCAGGCCUGAGAAUGCUGCACGUGAGCGUAAGCAGCCGCUGCCUUCAGACAUUGCAGUCAUCAUGUACACCAGCGGAUCCACGGGCAGACCGAAGGGCGUCAUGAUCUCCCAUAGCAACAUUAUCGCUGGGAUCACAGGGAUGGCAGAGGUCAUACCUAAUCUGUGUGAGGAAGACACCUACAUUGGCUACCUGCCUCUUGCCCAUGUUCUGGAGCUCAGCGCAGAGCUCGUAUGUAUUUCUCAUGGCUGUAGGAUCGGCUACUCCUCACCUCAGACUCUUGCCGACCAGUCAACAAAGAUCAAGAAAGGAAGCAAGGGAGACACCAGCGUCCUGCAGCCCACUCUGAUGGCAGCUGUUCCGGAGAUCAUGGAUCGCAUCUAUAAAAGUGUGAUGACCAAGGUCGAGGAGAUGAACUGUAUCCAGCGAACACUCUUCAUUCUGGCGUACAACUACAAGCUGGAGAAGCUCAGUGAAGGAUACAGCACACCUCUAUGUGACAAGUUGGUGUUCAGGAAAGUUCGCUCUCUGCUGGGAGGUCAGACGCGGGUGUUGCUAUCAGGAGGAGCGCCGCUCUCCGCAGCCACACAGCGCUUCAUGAAUGUGUGUCUGUGCUGCCCAGUGGGUCAGGGAUAUGGCCUGACGGAGACAUGCGGCGCUGGAACCAUCAGCGAACUGUGGGAUUACAGCACUGGGAGAGUGGGAGGGCCGCUGGUUUGCUGUGAGAUAAAGCUCAAAGACUGGGUGGAGGGUUGUUACCAUAGUACAGACAAGCCACAUCCUCGAGGAGAGAUUCUGAUCGGUGGACCAAACGUAACCAUGGGAUACUACAAGAGCGAGGAUAAAAACCAGGACUUCUUUGUAGACGAGAGAGGUCAGCGGUGGUUCUGCACAGGAGACAUCGGAGAGUUUCACAAAGAUGGGUGCCUCAAGAUAAUAGAUCGUAAAAAAGACUUGGUGAAGCUGCAGGCAGGAGAGUACGUCUCCUUGGGGAAGGUGGAGGCCAUGUUGAAGAACUGUCCUCUGGUCGACAACAUCUGUGCCUAUGCCAACAGUGAUGAGACAUAUGUGAUUGGCUUUGUGGUGCCCAAUCAGAAGCACUUGCUGGCUCUGGCUGACCAGUAUGGUAUCCGAGGAUCUCGGGAGGAGCUGUGCAACAGCAAGGCCAUGGAGGAGCUGGUCCUCAAGGUCAUCACUGAGGCUGCUCUCACUGCCCAGCUCGAGCGCUUUGAGAUUCCUCGCAAGAUCUGUCUGAGUCCAGAACCUUGGACUCCUGAGACUGGAUUAGUAACUGACGCAUUCAAACUCAAACGCAAGGAGCUGAAAACACACUACCAGGAUGACAUUGAGAGAAUGUAUGGUGGGAAAUGAUGGCACAUCGUUGUUGAUUCUCAAAGCAUAGACCAACACUUGACUGAGAAAAACUUCCACUGCUCUCUCACUUCUCCCCUCUGCUCCCUACUCCACCAGUAAAAGAGCCACAGUGACCUUAAUCCGUGCUAAAUCUUAAUGUUCUUUAGAUCUAAAGAAAGAAGGAUAAGGGGUGGAGGUUGCACUUUCCCCCUUUACUGUGCACUUAUUUGAAUUUGCAACUUAAAAGCAGGCUGAAAAAGAAAAAGAAUCCCUGUCCGCUGCUGCUUUUCCCCUUAUUUUAAAUCCAGGUGUGUGACCUCUGUGUGGAGAUCUUAUUGUUCCAGAUGUCAGUUAUGAAACAGAUCAUGUGUGAGCUGAUGUCGUCUGUUGAACUCCUUCCUGAGAGCCGCAGCAGAACCUCAGGUCGGUCAGGCAGGACUGUUACGUUGUCACUUUGUGCUCGUCCAUGACACUCGAUUGGUCUCAAAAUGUUUCCUUUUUUUCAUAAACCUUCUCCACUCUUUCUUUUAGUCUUUCCUGCAGGUUAGGAGACGGUUAACUCUUGAUUAUUAUUUUUUUUUUCUUUUUUUUUUUUCUUUUUAAACACAUUUUGUUUUCUGUGGUUUAUUUUGUCUGCCACCCGCAGCCAGACUUUGACUCCCACACUCGUGGGACGUCUCUAACAUCAGCACAUCUUGAUACCAAAAGCACAAAAGUCAUUUGAGUGCAAUGAGAGCAAGUUGGUAAAACACUGCAGUUUUUAUUUUUCAUUAUUAUCAAUGUAGCUGUUGCUCCUUUUUUAGGAAAAUUACAAAAUUGCACCUUAUGGGCUGAUUUUCAAAAGAAAAGAAACAAAGAAGUUGUUUAGUCUACGGAGUUUUCCUACAAUGAAAGAGUAUACUUUUCUAUGAGCUGCACAGGUUUGUGUGCACAAGAAUACACAGAUGAAAUUAUUGUGUAAUCAUUGUCAUCUUUGAUAAAUCAUAGUGCAAUAUGAAAAUGUAUCAUUUCUGUCCCAAGUGAGGCAGUUGAUUACAGAUACGGUGUAAAAACUUUCUCAGUGAACAUGGGUGCAUCAGCUGGGAAAUGAUCACACUUUUACAUGUCGAUGUGUGUAAUGCUAACAUUUGUUUUGCAGAACUGUCAUCACCGGUUUAAAGCUUUGUUAGCUAUUUAAAGGUUCAGUAUGUAGAAUUUAGUGACAUCUAGUGGUGGAGGUGCAUGUUGCAGCUGAAUACCCCUCACCUCACCCUCCCCUUCCAAACACGAAGGAGAACCUGUGGCAGCCUUCAUGUG